AUGAAAACCUCCACGCUCGUUUUCUCCGCCAUCCUGGCGACCGCCGUCCACGCCCGAACCGACCUCGUCGGCUGCACCAAGUCCGAAACCGUCAACCAAUGGAACGAAGCCAGCAUGAUCUGGUACGUCCCCGACACCGGCGAGAUCUGUGAUUUCCUCGAUUGCGGCGGUGGUCGGGCGCCUCCCAAGACCAACACCCCCGGCUGUCCCUUGUACAGCGGUACUGCGACGUACGAGCCCAGCUAUCUUCCUGGAUAUGGUCCGGGUGCCACCGCGACGGCAAAGACAGUAGCCGAGACUGCUUCUGCUACCACGACCGCGUCCUCGGCAUCGAAGACGGCGGAGUCUUCUGGAUCAAAGUCCAGUAUGGAGAUUACCCCCAAGCCGACUGUCGGUACGGCUGCGUCGACCGCCCGUUCCACGCUCAAGACGUCCUCUGCUGCGGCGAGCAAUGUUUCGGAGGGUUCUGCGUCUGGGACGGGCGAAGCGGCCUCGCCAUCGCAGACCGGAAACACGGCGAGCUCGGCUGGAUACAGCGCCUAUGGGGGGUUGAUUGUUGCGGUCGCUCUGGCUGCCUUGGUCCUUUGA